CCUCCUCCUCCUUUUUUCUGUUUUUCUUUCCAAAGAGCAGCUUCCUUUUACACUGAAAAAUGGAGGCGAGAAGUGAUCAUUCACUGGCUUUCUCUGUCAGGGUCUUCACUCUGCAGGAAAAGGAGGAGCAGGUUCAAGGAGAGGUGAGCAGAGACCAGCAUGUGAAUGUAUGCAGACAGAGAAACGACCAAGAACUCACUCUUCAUCUCACCACAGGACAGGAAGUUCAGCAGGUAACUGUGCAGGAUGCCAACAAAGCAUUGGUUUUCCAGUUUACUGUUUCCGAGGAGAUGGACUGCUGCCAGGUUGGAGGUCAGUCCUUCUUAGUUACCAACAACAACAACUUCAGUCUUCUGCUGCAAUUCAAAACUCCAGCUGAUAUGCAGAACUUCCAGAGAUUACUGAAGACUGAGGAAAAUGAAGAGAACGGGAAAGGUUGGAUUGAAGUACAUCAGGGAGGCAAUAAGGAUGCAGAGAGAGGACCAACAAUGUUUAACAAAAGGAUUGAAAAGAACCCUGCACAGUGCUACCAGUUCCACAGCUGUCUGACCCAGCAGCAAAGCCUGCUUCAGGACUACUUGAGGAAUGCCACCUAUCAGAAAGCCAUUUUAGUCAAUGAGGCUGACUUCAGAGACAAGGUGGUUCUGGAUGUGGGCUGUGGUUCUGGUAUUCUGUCUUUUUUUGCAGUCCAGGCAGGGGCUGCCAGAGUGUAUGCUGUUGAGUCCAGCCCUAUGGCCAAGUAUACACAGAUCCUGGUCGAGGAUAACCGUCUCUCUGAGCACAUCAGGGUCUUUGAGGGGGAGGUGGAGCAGGUCAAUCUUCCUGACAUGGUGGAUGUCAUCAUCUCUGAGCCCAUGGGUUAUAUGUUAGUUAACGAAAGGCUCAUGGAGAACUUCUUGUUUGCCAGGAGAUGGCUCAAACCCAAUGGUGUGAUGUUUCCCUCCUAUGGAGACAUUCACGUGGCUCCUUUCAGUGAUGACCAGCUGUACUUUGAGCACUACGCACGGGCCAAUUUCUGGCAGCAGAGGAGCUUCUAUGGUGUGAACCUGAGUGCUCUUCACAAUGCUGCGGUGGAAGAGUUAUUCAGGCAGCCUAUAGUGGACACAUUUGAUGUUCAUAUCCUGAUGGCCAGGUCUGUCAAGCACUGCAUCAAUUUCAUGGAAGCUAAAGAAGAGGAUUUACUCAGAAUAGAGAUUCCCUUUGUGUUUACUCUGCUCCAGUCUGGUCUGAUCCAUGGACUUGCCUUCUGGUUUGAUGUGGCCUACCUGGGAUCCAAGGCCACAGUAUGGUUCUCCACUGCUCCCACAGAGCCUCUGACCCGCUGGUCCCAGGUCAGAUGUCUACUUCAGACGCCGCUCUUUGCCAAGCUUGGACAGACUUUGUCUGGGACAGUCCAACUGGCUGCUAACAACAGACAAAGCUAUGACAUCCACAUCACAGCUACAGUGGACCAAUCAGGCUUCAGAUCUGGGAACAUCCUGGAUCUCAAGAAUCCUUUCUUCAGAAGUUACCCAAGUGGAAAUCUUCAAAGUUCAUUUUGUCAGUAGACCAAAUUUAAACAUGAGUACCAUGGUAAAAGGUCAAAAAAAGAAGAAGAAAAAAGAGUAAUGUAUAGUUGUCCAAAAUUUGUACAGUUCAUGUAAGUUCUAUGUUCAUAAAUAUCCACCCAUCCAUCCAUCCAUCCAUCCAUCCAACAUCUUCUGUUUAUCUGGGCAUGGGUCGCGUGGGCAGCAUUCUAAGCAGAGACGCCAAGACCUCCCACUUCCCAGCCACCUCCUUCAGCUUAUCCAGGGGAACACCAAGUUUUCCCAGGCCAGCUGAGAGAUGUAAUCUCCCCCAGCAUGUCCUGGGUCUGCGUGGGGCCUCCUUCUGGUGGGACAUGCCCAAACACCUCACCCAGGAGGCAUCCUAAUCAGAUGCCAGAACCACCUCAAUUGGCUCCAUGCUUCUACUCUGAGUCCCUUUCAAAAGACUGAACUCCUCACACUCUCUCUAAAGGAGAGGCCAGCUACCCUUUGGAAAAAACUAAUUUCUGGCACUUGUUUCUGCGUUCUUGUUUUUCUUUCAGUCACCAUCCAGAGCUUGUGACCAUAGGUGUGGAUAGGGAUGUAGAUCAACCAGCAAAGCGACAGCUUAGCCUUCUACACUAUGACAAGCUGGUAUAGCCCCAAUCUCUCUGUCAGUCUCUUGUUUCCCUCUCCCCUCAAUCAUGAACAAGACCCUAAGAUAUGUAACCCUUUGGGGUCCACGGAUGCGCCAGCGCAUCCAAAUCACAUGACCAAUUUAAGAUGACAGAGCAAUAAGUUGGAGCCACCCUGAGUCUCCAUUUUAACUUGUGUUGAAAAUGUGGACUUCAAACUAUAUACCAGUUUUUAAAUUGUGUUGAUAGGCCAUGUAAUACCAGAGUUAGGAUUAAAUAAAAUAUGCAAUGUUUUUUCCUGAAUACUAUCGUAAUGUUUACUGCAGGAAGAAGAGCACAAGAGCAAAAGAAAGAGCGAGAUAGCCAGUUUUGAAAUGUGAGAGAUUUGUGACGUUUAGUGUGUUUGGAGUGUGAAGUUAGUCUGUUGUCUUGUGUAGUUAGUAUUUAGUGUAGUUGUUUGUUUUGUUUUGUGUGUCAAAAUACCUCCUGCUUCCAGGCCUGCAGGUAUCAGGCUGGUUAUGUGCUCCUCUGUCUUAUGGUGGACAGAAAUGAUUUUUUUGGAGUGGCACAAAUAAUUUGUGCAGCAUCUUAUUUGAUACAAAACACCUGAUUGUUCUGUAAACUGUUUUAAAUGGUUACAAAAAAAUAACACCUGAUGCCUUGGCUGCAUUUUUAGGAAAACAGUUGCAUAUAACUUUGUCUGCAAAAUUUGUGCAUAUGUUUUUAAAAUGUACAAUUUCUAUUUUCAUUUUAAACAAAAAAUAAUUCAUUAAACAUGUUCAUGGUUUUUGCAGUAAAAAAUAUAUACAUUUUUUACACUGAUUUUAUGUUUUAUGUCUGAUUUUAGAUCAACUGUGUUAAUAAAAUUGGUCAAAAUUGAAGAAAUUGCUGUAAAUUCAGACAUGUGAGGUUGUGUUGAUGCCAAACAAGGCAAGAUAAAUAGUUUUUAAAGGUGAAAUAUAGAGGUAAAAUCAAAAGUAAUUAAAACAGCCAAGUAUACCCUGGACCUCAGAGGGUUAAACUCCUCUACUUGGGGCAGCAAGUCAUUCCUGGCCUGAAGCGAGCACUAUAUACUCUUUUCUGGCUGAAGACCAUGGCCUCAGAUUUGGGGGUUCUAACCUCAUGCCUGCCACUUCCCACUCUGCUGCGAACCUUUCAGUGUGGGAGGGUAUCACUAGCAAUGAGGCCACCAAAGUGAAAUCCUUUCACCACCUGGGUUUGCCUAGAAAUUCUUUCCAUAAAAAUCAUGAACAGAAUAAACAGUGACAAAGCAGCCCUGGCAAAGUUUUGAACUCAUCAGGAACUUACUCCUGGCAAUGCGGACCAAGCUCCUUGCAACAGUUGUACUGAGACUGAAAGGCACGUAGCAAUGGGCCAGACACCUGAUACUCAAAACACGCCCUACAGGACACUCCGUGGGACGCGGUUGAAAGUUUUCUCCAUGCCCACAAAACAUGUGUAGACUGUUUGGGCAAACUUCCACGCACCCUCAGAUAUCCUUUAGAGGAAACUGAGGAAUGUGAUCCCCAUGUAGUUGGAGCACAGCCUCGAGUCCCCUGUCUGAAAGAUGGGAACCACCAACUGAGUCAGCCAAUCUGGAGGCACCACCCUCCAGAUCUCUAUGUGAUGUUGCAGAGACAGCCCUACAACAUCCAGAGCUUUUUGGGAACUCAGGGGGAACCUUGUCAAACCUAGGGGCCCAGCUACCAAGGAGCUGUUUAACUACCUCAGUGAUCUUGUCCCCAGUGAUGGGCGGGUCUUCCCCUUGUCACUAGACUCUGCUUCCUCUACAGAAGGCGUGUCUGUGAGAUUAAGCAGGUCCUUGAAAUAUUCCUUCCACUGCCCAACUAUAUCCCCAGUUGAAGUCAGCACCACCCCACCUCUACUGCACACAACGUAAGGGCAGCACCGCUUUCCCUACCUGCGCCAUGUUGCACUUGUUCUACCCAUCAGCUGCCUCUGAAAUCCCACAAGCUAACCAAGCCCAACAGAACUCCAUCUUCAGCUUGAUAGCUCUCUUUAGGUCUGGUGUCCACCAUCUGGUUUAGGGAUUACCACCAUGACAGGCACCAACCACCUUGCUGUCAAAACUCCUUGCAGCUGCUUCAGCGAUGGAGGUGUAGAACAUGGUCCAUUUGAACUCAAUGUCCCCAACUUCCCCCAGAAUGCUGUCGACGUUUUGCCAGAGGAAAGAGUUGAAGAUCGUGCAGACUGGGGCCUCUUCCAGAUGUUCCCAGAGCACCCUCACUAUAUAUUUAGGCGUACCAGCUUUGUUUAGCUUCCUUCUCUGAAACCUGAUGCAACUGACCACCUGGCGAUCAGUUGAAAGCUCAGCUCCUCACUUCACCCAAGUGUACAGAACAUAUGGGCACAAAUCCGAUGGUAUGAUUACAAAAAUCAGACAUCGAACUGCGACCUAGGGCAUCUUAUUGCCUCGUGCACUUAUGGACAUCCCUAUGUUCCAAAAUGGUCCUUGUUAUCCACAAAAGUCAGAAAACCACUCGGGUUCAGAUCAGGCAGGUCUGCUCCACCAUCUUCACUGUUGCUGUCCAUGUUUAGCGUUGAAGUCUCCCAGUAGGAUGUUUCUUCAGGCUGUGCCCAGCCAGGACCCAUGGGCUAAGGCCUGACCACCAGACACUCUCCCUUGAGCUCCAUCGCAAGGGCUGGCUCCAAGGUAAGGCCCCAGUAACACUUUGCUAGGCAGGAUACACUGGUCCCUUGAUUUUAUUCUUUCCUUAGGGGUCAACUGAAUUGUUCUUUGUCUGGCCCCUCACCCAGGACCAAUUUGCCUUGGGAGACCCUUUCUGUUCAUAAAUAAAUAAGAUAUUUUUUGUCUGUGUAUGAAAUUACAUUUAAUUAAAACAAAAGCACUACUCCUGAGAUGGAGAUCCAGUGCAAGUGACCUCUGUAUGCUGUGGUAGAAAGUUGAUCUUCAAAAUCUCCAUGUAUAAUUACCUUAUAUGCCUACAUGUUGUCAAUACAAACAAGGACAAACAGCUUUAAAUAGCUUUAUAUAGGAUUUUUAUCACUUUGACCCUAGAUCUUUCGACUCAAGAGAAGAGGUCAAAUGUGACAUGAUAUUUUAAAUCUUUAUACAGUACUUGCUAUAUGUUGUUAAUACACACCACACUUACUGCAUAUGAAUUAUAGUUUUGAAGCUGAUGUAUGAGGUUUUUUUCCUGAACAAUAAAGCAUUAAGUUGGCUGUCA